ACUCAGCAAGAAUACACCUUCGUGCUGGAGUUCUUUAAAGCCUUGAUGCUCCUACUGGACGGAAUGAAAAGUAGCUGCACACCUGCUCCUGAGACAAGGGAGAGGAUGCUCCUGCAGGAAUGACCUGGAUAAGAGGGCUUAACUCCACAGUUUAUAAUCUUUUACUGGGAAGAGAGAUUAGUAUGGUUAGGAAGUAUACACUCUUCCUGACACAACUGUAAAAGAAUGGACAUAGUCUGUAAAGACAGUGCUGAGAAAUGGUUUUUAAAAAUGAAAAGAAGAUAAUUUGGUAGCAUCACCACAAAAUAGGUUAGAAUCUUAAAAAGAACACUUAGUGGGCACACAUACUAACACUGACACUGUGCAGUCACAGUGCUGGCACUUAGUGGCUCUGCGUCUGUCUGUCUGUCCGUCCCUCUCUUUCUCGCUCUCCUUCCCCAGCAGUCUUUCCCUUGAUAGUGACUGGUGCCAGACCUAAGGCAAGGUAUUCGCCACUCCCCCAGGGCUCCUUAGAGGCCUGAACAAAGAAGCUAGAAUUCUGUCUACUGAUGGAAGGUUGCCUAGACAACUGAGGCCCACCCCCAGCACCCAGCAACCAAAAGCAGGCAAGAACUGGGCGGAAAAUGGAUGAGCUUCUAGAAGAAGAUCCCUCUGAAUCCUUGGAAUAUGAAAGCACAGCCGCAGCCCCAAAUGCUGGUCCAACUAACAACCUUGAAGAAGACAACCAGAAGAACCAGUCCAAAAGUGAUGCAGACGACCACACAGCCCAUAGAGUAACUGACCAAAGUAUCAAAACAGUAUCUGGCCAGCCUAAAGACAUCAUACCUGCUCAAGCUAACCACAAAAAUUCUGAAGACACUGGGUAUACAGAACAUGAACAAUUUAGCCAAAAAUCACCUGAACCAACUGAUGACAAGACAUCGAUCCAAGCUACUGAUACAGCAUAUGGUAUAACUUAUGGAACUGAACAGGUGGGCCACAUGUUGGCCAGUCAAGCUGUCAGAAGAACUUAUGAGCAGGUGAACUACAGAUCCUCCAACCAGCCUGACAGAAGAGCAUCUGAGCAGGUAGAGCACAGGGCCCCCAGUCAAGCUGACAGAAGAGCUUCUGAGCCAGUGAGGUACAUGUCAUCCAGCCAAGCUGAGAGAAGAAUUUCUGAACAGGUAGCCCCCCAGUCAUCUGGUCAGGCUGAUAAAAGAGCUUCUGAGCAGGUGGACCACAGAUUGUUUAGCCAGGCCAAAGGAAGAGCUUCCCAGCAGACUGAUGACACAUUGUCUCUGCCAUCUAAUGGAGGAGCAUCUGAGGAUGAUCAACACAGAAUGCUUAACCAAGAAACUUCUGGACAGAUUGACCUCAUACUGCCCAGCAUAGUUGAGAGACUUGACAAAGCUGAGCUGAUCUUAUCUGACCAAGAAGGGGAUAGAACGGCUAUAAAAUUUCACGAAGUGCAUGACCAAGCCACUAAAGCCACUGACCAGCAAGCUAUCUACCAACCUGACAUCAAUACUGAUAAAUUUAUGAUUGAGAGAGAAGACUAUAAUGAAGAUAAGUUCAUAGAUGCACAGGCCGACCAACAAGAAAACUAUCCAUCUUAUUACAAAACACUUGAACAGCUUGAGGACAGAAUAUUUCCCCCGUUCAGCAACCAGGACAAAGAGAAUAACUAUAGAACACUGCACUGCAAAUUUGAGACUGGCCAAUUCCUAAACCGCAAAUCCACGCUUUCAACAGACAGUGAAAGUCCAACCACUAGCCAAGCUUUCUUCUCAGAUGAUACCCUAUUCACCGAUAAUUUCCAAGGAAAGGAUCAAGCCUUUUGUCAAAAACUGCCCUCCAUCUUUCUCAAAAUGGACCCUAAUAUCAUUCAUGAAAAAGCUCAAACCACAGAAAUCAAACCUUUUCAGGAUGAUUUUUCAGAAUUCAAGCAAGAAAGGACUUCUUGUACACAAAAGCAAACUCCUGAUGGGAGGUUCCCCCCUAUAAUUUAUGAAGAUCCUUAUGAAGUUUCACUCCAGUACAUGGAGGAGCACAACAUCCUGCAAAUAUUCCAGCAGAUCACUGAAAACUUAGUCUACGAAAAGCCAGAGGACCCCUUGCUUUUUAUGCUGAAGCAGGUACAGAAAAUGAUAAAAAAUAGAGACAAAAAUGAAACCUACGAAGAAUGAAUCUCUCUUUGGUAUUGUUUAUAAUCAUCAAUAACAAUACUACGCUCUGCU